AUGGCGACGAUAGAAACAAUAUCCGGCGUUGGAGCGGGGCCAGCAUGGACGCCGCUAGGGACGAUGGACUACGGGAUCAUCGGGGCCACGACCGUUGUCGACGUCACGACUGCAUUGUUCAUAGUGCAUGUCGUGUGGAACGCGGGGUGGCCCCCGUACACGGCGGCAGAUCCCCAACUCUUGGUGUACACGAGCAUGGCGGCGAUAAUCGCGACGUUGGGAGUCAGCAUGAGGUACGGACUGUGGGGAUCGGACGGGGAGGCGCUAGGGUGCGAUGUGGUGGCUUCUUUCACGUGGAUUGGCCUGGGGGCGCUGUUCUCGACCGCGUUCCUCCGAGUUUACCGCGCUCACGACGUUCUGAUUCGGCAGGAUGGGGGCAUGUGGCCGGUCGUGGCGCAGUUAGCCCUACUGCUCCUGCCAUUCACGCUGGCACCGGCGUUCCUGUCGAGCUCCAGCGUGGCGAUGUUUGACCCCGCCUCCAUGGAGUGUCAGCCAGAGUCGACCGUGCCCGAGUGGUCAGCGUUCGUCGUGAUGGGCAUCCUCGCGGCGUUUUCGUUGGUGCUGGCCUUUCGGCUCCGUGUGGUCCGCGUGCAGGCGCCAUACGAGUUCGAGACGGCCUUGGCUAUCUCCGUCAUCCUGGCCGUCGCUGCCGCCGCCCUCCCACUGGUCCACUGGGAGAUGGAGGGGGACAGGGACGGCCGUCGAGAGAUAACGCUGCUGACCACGGCGCUGACAGGCGUUGGCAUCGUGGCGGCCCCGGCGUUGCGAUUCCUCUAUAGCUAUAUCAGCGACGAGGAGAAGCUCAAGAGCAGCGGUGACUUCUGCAUCGGCGAGUGGCGCUCGAAGAAAAAGUUGGACUACAUCAUCAUGCAGAGUCGGAAGUUCCAAGAAGUGGCCAGCUCCUCCAGGAACGUCCCGAACUUUCCCGUCGUCGACGAAUUUUUCCGGGCUCUCAUUGCCCGCGAGGAGAUCACGAGCUACCCCAAGCUCCAGUCCACGACGAUGCGCAUCCUCGACAAGUACUUCCGAAAGGGCGUCCUGCACGCCACAGCGUUGCCCAUCUCGGAGGCGUGCAUUACCACCACCCUCCAGCAGAAGGCCUCUUCCACCUUCAUCUUCGACAGGGCCAGGGCGGAAGUGCUGGAUGGAAUCGGGGUCGGGAAGCUCCCACAGGCGAGUCUUUCUUCCCCUUUCCACUAA